CGGUACCUCCUUGCUAGAGUAGGCGAUCAAGCUGCUUUAAGCUUCAUUCGCUCCUUUAUCCUAUCCUCAAGGGAAUCUCCAUCGUCCUCCAAUCAUGUUGGUACUCAACAAAUCCUCGACCUGUGAUGUCUGUAUGGAAGGCUACAUGAAUGGCGGGAAUUCACCACACUCGAUCUCUUGUGGGCAUGUAUUCUGCGAAAAGUGUCUCGAUCAUCUUUUGCGCCACAUAUGUCCCCUUUGUCGGACUCGAUUUUCUCCUCAGGACGUCCGCAAACUUCACAUCGAUAUGCAGUCACCUAUGAUCACGACCGCUUCCAUAGAAGAAGUCCCUGAAAACCCUGAAUCAUCUUCUCCACCUCCUGAUGACGAAGCCCGUUCGCUCCUGAAUGAUAUCGCGCGUGUCGUCAAAGAAGGUGCUAAGCUUCCGGAACUCCGCCGUGUAAUCGAGAAAUGUCGAACGUACUACAAAUCACAGUCAGCUGACCAGAAUCCUGUGAGAGUGAGCGCACUACUUCUUUGGAACCUUGCCGAGUCUCAACGUCAAGUCGCGGAAUUGAAAAAAGACAAGGCGGCUGAGGUGGAGAAAACCCGGAUGGUGGAAAUGGCUCUUGACGAAAUGAGACGAGAGAAGGUGGCCGAAGUUGAAAGGACUUGCGAGGCAAAAAUUUCUCUUGAGGAAGUACGGUCGCGUCUUACCGCAGAGAUUGUGAAUUUGCAAGUGAAGUACGAGGAGCUGCAACGUAUUCGACAGGAUGAGAAAGAUACUGCUCUUGCUGUAGAAAAAAGUUUGAGGGAACACUAUGAUGAAUUGAAUACGUAUUGGAGAAGCAAAUUGGAGGCUACAAUGCGUGAGAACAAGGUUCUGCGGGAGGAGCUCAUGCGCGCUAGAAUUGCGUUCAAUCCGUUACCUGACUUCCAACGGUCAGUCGAGGUCCGAUAUCUUCAUGCAAUGCCAGAGCCGAAGCAUCCCGAGAAAUUGAUCGAGGACGAUCCUUUGAGCAUCAAAGCACGAGCGAAGGCCAAAGCAAAGGCGAAAGCCAUCGAGGAGGAGGAAUUCCACUUAUCUCCUCUCGCCCAGGUGAUCGGAACUUGGCCUUCUGCAGUCCAGUCGUUCCGCUCUCUGGUGGAUGAAGAUGAGAUCGACGACUUGAAGAAGACCUGCAACAAAAAGGAAUCGGAAUCGAGGUCUGACACAGACGAUGAUCAAACAAUGGGUGAUGCUACGUCUCAGCUUGUUCCCAUUCCUCGGUCUUCAUUAUCUCGUCAGUUAAUCGACCCUUCCGUCUCUUCGUCUGCAUCCACGAUCAACCCAGAUAACUGGUCUGGAUUGUCACGAUCUCGCCCUCGCGAUGACAUUGUCAUGUCGAGUCGUGAUAGAUCUACUUCACGUCAUCACUCCACCGAGCGAUCAAUCGCUUUGGCCCACGGCGGUACUCAUUCACCAUCUCGCAGACCAUCACGGGAACCGUCCACGUUGUAUAUGUCCAGCCGCACUUCCUCCCCUUCACGCCGCUACCCCUCGGACCGCAUGCAUGGGCCUCGGUUGAAAGACGCUCAUUCACGAGAUUCAUUUGAUGGCGGUAGCAGAGAUUACGAGAUGCGCGCAGGAGAUACGUACGAGCCAAAGGUGAAAGACCAGGUCGCACCGCGCCAGAUCAUGGCGGCCGACGACUUUCGGGACAAGGAUCGCGAACGUCUGCGCGCUCAGCUCUAUGAUAUCCUUGACAGCCCUAUGACAUCAUCCUCCCUCAAGAUGCCGAUAUCUUAUGGCGAUGAGUCCUCGAUGCCUCCACCAUAUCCACCACCGCCAUCGUCCAAUACGAUCCCUAGGCCGACGAGUUCUAGUACACGUGUACAUACGCCAUUGCGGAGAAACUCCACUGCAAGUCAAUCAGUGACUCCUAUGCCUGGUCCUGAAGAGGGAUUCCCGGCUACGGUCGUGUCAAAGACUCUGGUCCAUGCUAGCAGUGUUGCAAUGCAACAGGAGAAGGAGAGGCGGGAGAGGGAAAGGCAACGAGAGCAGGAACGUGAACGAUUGGAGCGCGAACGCGGUCGGGAACGUGAGCGUGAUCGCGAGCGGGAAUCAGAGUGGCAACACUUCAAGGAUGCCACCAAUGUACCACCUGAUGCUUACGCCUACCAUCGUGAUCGACGUAUAGGCAGGACUAAGCUGUCUAACCCGGUCACCGCUGGAGCAGACUGACGAAUCCUAUGAUUUCUUCGAUUUUAUUAACCAACUGUCGCUUCUGGAUUUUUCGAGUCCCCAUUGCUGUUGAUGGGUCCUUUUGUGGACUAUGCACGAGGCAGUAUUUAUACGAGCGAGUCCGAGCGGACCCCUCCAGUCAACAUUCCAGUUCGUGUUUCGAGUUAUGCCAAACUUGUAUUGUACUUAUUGUGCACGCAUAUGCAGUUAGUAGAAUCAUUACGGACGUUCAUGUAGUUUUUCCUGAAACAAUAAAAUGUCUUGAUCCCCACUCACAAUGUCUAGUACCGAUCCUGUGUCUUAUC